CUGCUGGCGAAUAGGUGCCACUUUUAGUAGUAAAUCUACUACAGCCAUAGCAACGAUCAAACAUUUCAGUAUCCCCUUUUUUGAUAUUAUUUGUUGCAAUUAGUUCCACCGAGAAAGCAAGAUGGUAAUUAAAGAGUCCAACUACGACAACCCAAGCAAAAUGACGACCGAAUCCCUGAGGAAGCUGUGCAAAGAGCACAAGCUGUACACGACGCCGAAUCUGAACGACGUCCUCUAUCUUCAUUACCAAGGUUUUACAAAGAUAGAAAAUCUUGAUGAGUACACUGGACUUAAGAGCCUUUGGCUUGCUCACAAUGCUUUGAGCAAAAUUGAGAAUUUAGAAAACCAGACUGCGCUCAAGUGUCUCUACCUGCAAAACAACAUAAUCAGGAAUAUUGAAAACCUAGAAGGAAUGAGGCUGCUUGAUUCAAUAACCCUGUGUCACAAUUUCAUCCCCAAGCUUGGUGGCUUAGAUUGCUGUCCUUUUUUAAACACGCUGAACAUAAGCCACAAUAAAUUGCAGAGCUAUGAGGAUGUAGAGCAUUUAAUAUUGUGUAAAAAACUUUCUGUGCUUGAUCUUUCACACAAUCUAUUGGAUGACCCAAAAAUUUUAGAGAUUUUUGGCGCAAUGAAAGAAUUGCGUGUCUUGAACUUAAUGGGAAAUCCGGUGAUAUCGAAAAUAAGGAACUACAGAAAAACAAUGACUUGUACUUGUAAAAACUUGACUUACCUUGAUGAUCGUCCGAUUUUUGAGCACGACCGCCUGGCUGCUGAGGCCUGGUUGGUUGGCGGAUAUGAAGCUGAACAGGAAGCAAGAAAAAAAUGGAGGGAUGCAGAACAGAAGAAAAUAAGGGACAGUGUUUAUGCCUUAUUAUCCUUAAGAAAGAAGAGUAAAAAAUCCACUGAAGAACUUGAAAAGGACAUUGAAAAUGGAGAAAUUAUAAAUCCCGAACUUCAAGAAUUUGAAGACUUUAUAGAUAAAAACAGGAAAAAGAUGGAAGAAGACAUAGACUCUGAAGAGGAAAAGAGGUUAAAGAGGCUAGAAAAAGAGCGAGCAGAAGAACUGAAAAAAUAUGGUACGAAGGAAGAUGAAAUACCCUUGCUUGAAUCCGAGAACAGCUGUUCUGAAAGUGAAGAUGAACACUGUGACAUCUGUGAAGAAUUAGAAAGCAAGCCUUGUCAAGAAAAUAAAACAGACUCCGUUAACGAAGAGCCAACUCAGAAAAAGCAUCCAGUUUUCGAGGGGACACAGAGGGAUUUUUCAGAAAACCCAGCAGCAAAAGAAGCUUGGUCGGCUUAUGAACAGGCACGAGAUGAAGCGAUCAAAUAUUUUGAAAGCGAAGAAAAUAAAGAAAAGGGAAUCGAGCAUAUACUGGAAAAGGCUAAAUCCGAUGCUAAAAAGUUUGUGCAGAAUAUUAAUGGAAAUAAUACACAAGGCGACGAAUCAGGUAUUUUAUCGGAAAAAGAGACACUUCGUGAACUAUUACCAUCUCAAAGCAAAGAUGGUGAUACACCAAGUAAAUCUUUGAUUCAAGAAAUGCCAAUUUCACCGAAUCUAGAUAAAGAAUCACCAUUAAAAGAAACUAAGCCAUUGAUAGAAGAAUUACCACCUGAAAACAAAAUAGAUGUUCCUCUUGAAACAGAGAAACCAUUGAUUGAAGAGCUUUCUGGAGAGGAUGUUAAAGAACAGACAAAUAAACCAAUACAAGAACUGUUUCCAGAAAGUCAAAAUGUACAGUUUAAUGCUUCUACACAACAGAAACCACUGAUUGAAGAGCUGCCCUCCGAUCAGCAAGGUUUGAAGUUUGAUAGCAUUCAAGCAGGAAAAACUAAACCAUUGAUUGAAGAGCUGCCUUCUGAAGAGCAAAGUUUGGAGUAUAUUAGCAUUCCAUCAGAAAAAAAUAAGCCAUUGAUAGAAGAGCUUCCAUCUGAAAAGCAAAGUUUGAAGUAUGUUAGCAUUCCAUCAGAAAAAAAUAAGCCAUUGAUAGAAGAGCUUCCAUCUGAAAAGCAAAGUUUGGAGUUUAGCAGCACACAAACAAAAUCACUGAUUGAAGAGCUGCCUUCUGAAGAGCAUAGUUUGGAGUAUGUUAGCAUUUCAUCAGAAAAAAAUAAACCAUUGUUAGAAGAGCUUCCAUCUGAAAACCAAAGUUUGGAAUUUAGCAGCAUCCAAACAGAAAAAACAAAACCAUUGAUUGAAGAGCUGCCUUCUGAAGAGCAAAGUUUGAAUUUUAGUAGCAUUCAAGCAGAAAAAACAAAACCUUUGAUUGAAGAAAACAUACUGCAAGGGCAACAGAAACUGUUAAUUGGGGAACAGCUCGCUGAAGAGCAAAUCUUAGAGUUUGGUUGCAUUCAGACUGAAAAAAAGAAGCCAUUGAUAGAAGAAUUACCUUCAGAAGGGGAGUACAUGGAAUCGGAUGUUUUUAAACAGAAACAAAAACCAUUGAUUGAAGAAUUACCUUCUGAAGAGCAGAGUAUGGAGUUUGAUGGCGUUGUUUUACAAAAACAGAUACCAGUAAUUGAAGUGUUGCCUUCUGAAGAGCAGGCAGAGUUUGAUAUGAAUAAAACAAUGGAAACUCCAGAAAAGCAUAGUUUUGAUAAUGUGGAAGAAAAUAACAUAAAAGGAUUGGAUGAGUCAAAUCAAAUUGAAAUAAGUGCAGUUAAAAAAAUGCCACUCAUAGAAGAUAUAACGGAUGAAAUAAAGAUCACAAUCCCAAAAGAAUCCGAGUCUAAAUUUAAAGAUACUUUUGAAAAAGAAUGUAAAAAGGAAGCAGAAUGCAUAAUACAAUAUCAGGACGAGCAUGCCAAUGAUAAAUCAGAAUGUAUGAUAAAGGACAGAUUUGACUUACAAAAUAGAUUGAAGAAAUUAGGUCUGGUUCCAGAAAAUGAAGAAAUGUCGGCUGUCCUAGAAACAAAGAAUGACUCAGAUGACGAUUUCUGGGAUCUCGAGGAGGAAAUAGUCGCUCAGCAGCUUAAUAAGCUAAGAAGAAAAAUAGAUAUCGAUGAUAUCAAGACGAACAAACCAGCAGUAGCUAAUGAGUCUGGGGAUAUUGAUGGAAUAGUGCAAAAUGAAGAUUUAUUAGUAGAAAGUAAACCAAGCCCCAUGACAUUAGAAUUGAAUUCAAUUAAAAAUGUACUAUCGAGACCUGUCAAAUCCAGGGGCCUCAGAAAUAUAAUAGAUUCUAGAAGAUUAUCCAUAAUUGACGAAUCAAAUCUUGAAAGUGUUCAAAUGGAACAAAAUGAUGAUUCAGAAGAAAGUAUCCACAAAGUGCCAGAACAAAAAGUAGAACCUUGUAACAAUGAAUAUAUAAAAAAUGAAGGUAUUGAUACAUCACAAGACAUAAACAAAUCAGAGAAAAACAUAAGUAGUGAAAACGAGAAGAUUAUGGAUAAGGUAACAAACUCACAAACAGAUUGUAAUAAUGAAUCACAUAAGAUUAAAUCAUCCCUAACAGAUGACAAAACAUUGACAGAUACACCUAAUGAUAAUAAAUUAAAUAAUCCUACUAGCGGCACUAUUGAUAUUUUAGGUAGUAACACGAACUCUGAAUGUUUGUAUGAUUCAAGGGAUGGGGUAAAAUCUGAUUCAAUUAAAGAAAGUUCUGAUGAACUCACAAGUGAGCAUGUUCAAAAUGCGAUCAAUGAACCCAAAAUUCAACACAACUUAAUCCAAAAUGAGUCAACAGUUUUGUCCGAACUUGAUGACAAUUAUCAAGCUACGGCCGAACCGAUAAGUUUCAUAUUUGGCCAAAGCAGAAAAGAUUCUUCGUUUGAACAACCCCAGUUCAAAAUUAUCGACCAAAUUGACCAACCUGCAACAGAGACUAUUCAUCUAAGCGACAGUGAUUCAGAAACAGAAGAACUCGCAACAGUCGAAAAGAAGGAAAAUAAAGAAGAAAUAAAGAAAAAAGUUCAGAUACCUCUCAUAGUAGAAUUAGACAACGAAGAAUUCCAACUGGCACAAGAAUUAGAUGAUCAGGAUAGUGAAAAUUACUCCACACCUGAUCAGGGUAGUGAAGAUGAAGGGAUAGUGAAAUAUAAAAAUACCUCUAUACAACUCAGUGUAGCUAUAGAAGACCAAAAAUUACAAAAAUAAAAUGUCAUGCAUCUUAAAAAUUUUA